GGCGUGCCGACACAGACGUGCCUCGACUGAAUGGCGUGGGAUGCGAAUGAUUCGGAUGGCGUCUCGUUGUGAUGAACGGCACCGCAGCAACAGAACAACUCCACAAAAACCUUUCUCAAUUCAACGACCAAAACUAACUGCAAUAAACAAACAUGCGUCGCAUGGAUCCACCGGUUGUUUCAGCUCAACUCGUCCGAGAUUUAUCAAAUCUUCAAGUAAACCAAAGAGGCAGGGAUCCUCCUGCCGCCGCUAGGAUCAUCCACGAAGAAGAACGAAAACAAGAAGAACAAGAAGAACAAGCAGCCAAUGAGGAAACAAUCCACGAUGGCAACAACAAAGCUGGAUCUAUUCUAUCGGUGCCUGAUUCGCCAGGAAGGGGUGUUAAAACUCCACUGGAAGGAGAUGUUGGGGCGGAUCCGCUGGAGGGUAUGCCACCACGAAAACUGUCUGUCCGCCGCCGUUUUAGCGGGUACAUGUGUCUUGUGCAUCAAGUGGGCAAUGACGGCAAGAAGAAAGCCUACGACCGCGAUGCAAUUCUCUGUGUGUGGAAGAAAUGGGCCAUGGGUCGCAUGGCUCAAAAGAAGCCCUAUGUGGGUAUCAUGGUGGCACAUACUACCGAGCAGCUCUGUGAAGGUGGCCCUGCCGUAAAAGUCCAGGGUGAACUGAAUGCGUCUCAUGAUGGGAUGAGUGAUGAAGAGACGAUCGCGACAUUAAAGUCUAUGUUCUGCUAUGUUGCAAUGGUCCUCAAGCAGACCCAGGUCGAAUUCAAAUUCUACGGCGAAGAGGACAACUACUUGUGCCAUUACAACGUCCACCGCGCAAAGCGCCGAUAGUGCAAGAAACCGACAUGAGGACCAACGGGGGCCUGUACAACGGAACCAUUUGAACGAUAGGCUAAUGCUAGAAUAGAUAAUACAGAAUUGCUAUACAUCAGAAAAGACACAUAAGCUAGACUGUUGACGGCUGAGCCAGAGCUCGCAUCCUUCGUCUAGCUUGAGCAUAACCAACGGGGGGUCUGCACAACAGAACCAUUUGAACGAUAGCAAAGGUUACGUGUUAGAAAAGACACAAGAGUUUGAGCGUCCUUGGCACGUACUAGUAGUACUGUAC